UCUACUGGGCCAGGCGCGGCAGCGGGGGAGGGGCCGGUUGCCAAGACGACUAAGAAGAUGGCUGCUAAAUCUUCAUCCGAUUUCGAUAGCGGCAGAGCUGAGAGCAAUGAGGCCAAUUCGAAAUGGCUGGAUGCACACUACGACCCUAUGGCCAACAUCCACACCUUUUCCUCCUGCCUGGCACUAGCAGAUUUGCAUGGGGAUGGAGAGUACAAGCUGGUGGUUGGAGACCUUGGACCAGGUGGGCAGAAUCCUUACCUGAAGGUGCUCAAAGGAGCAACAGUGCUGACAGAAAGCCCACUGCCUUCCCUGCCAGCUGCUGCCGCCACUUUCCUCAUGGAGCAGCAUGAGCCCCGGACUCCAGCUUUGGCACUGGCUUCAGGUCCUUGUGUCUAUGUAUAUAAGAAUCUAAGACCCUACUUCAAGUUCAACCUGCCCCAGUUGCCUCCAAAUCCUCUGGAACAAGACCUUUGGGACCAGGCAAAGGAAGACCGGAUUGACCCCUUAACCCUGAAGGAGAUGCUGGAGAGCAUCCGGGAGAAGGCAGAGAUACCAUUGUCUGUACAGUCACUCAGGUUUCUGCAGCUGGAACUGAGUGAAAUGGAGUCAUUUGUGAACCAAAACAAAUCCAAGACCAUCAAGCGGCAGACAGUCAUCACCACCAUGACCACCUUGAAGAAGAACCUGGCUGAUGAAGAUGCUAUUUCCUGUCUUGUGCUGGGCACCGAGAAUAAGGGGCUCCUGAUUAUCGACCCUGAGGCUUUCACUAUUUUGGCCGAGAUGGACAUUCCCAGUGUCCCUGUUUUCCUGGAGGCUUCUGGUCAGUUUGAUGUGGAGUUCCAGCUUGCAGCUGCUUGCCGCAAUGGGACCAUCUAUAUUCUGAAAAGAGACUCCAAGCACCCUAAGUACAGCAUUGAGCUGAGUGCACAGCCUGUGGGGCUUGUCCAGGUACACAAGAUCCUGGUCAUUGGCAGCACCCAAGAUAGCCUGCACGGCUUCACCCACAAGGGCAAGAAGCUGUGGACGGUGCAGAUGCCCGCAGCCAUCCUGACCAUGAACCUCCUGGAGCACCGCUCCCGCAGCCUGCAGGCUGUCAUGGUUGGGCUGGCCAACACAGAGGUUCGCAUAUACCGGGACAAAGUGCUGCUCAAUGUCAUCCGCACCCCAGAUACUGUGACCAGCCUUUGCUUUGGCCGCUACGGGCGGGAGGACAACACCCUCAUUAUGACUACUCGAGGCGGUGGCCUGAUCAUCAAGAUUCUGAAGCGUACAGCAGUGUUUGUAGAAGGAACAGGUGAGGUGGGUUCCCCACCAGCCCAAGCCAUGAAACUCAACGUGCCCCGAAAGACUCGGCUCUAUGUGGAUCAGACACUGCGAGAGCGGGAGGCUGGCACUGGCAUGCACCAGAUCUUCCAGACAGACCUCUACCUGCUACACCUCCGGGCUGCCCGUGCCUAUGUGCAGGCCCUUGAGUCCAGCCUGAGUCCCAUGUCAGUCACAGCUCGGGAGCCACUCAAGUUGCAUGCUGUGGUACAGGGCCUGGGUCCCACUUUUAAGCUCACACUGCACCUGCAGAACACUUCGACUGCCAGGCCCGUGCUGGGGCUGCUGGUCUGCUUCCUGUACGACGAGGCACUCUAUGCCUUACCUCGGGCCUUCUUCAAGGUCCCCUUGCUGGUACCAGGGCUCAACUACCCUCUGGAGACCUUCGUGCAGAGUCUCAGUAGCAAGGGCACCUCAGACAUUAUCAGGGUGCUGGUUCUCCGAGAAGGCCAGGGUGUGCCCCAGCUAAGCGCCCACAUCAGCAUGCCUGUGAGUGAGGGGCUGAUGGCCGCCUGAGCCCUGGGCCAGCAUUCAAGGCCCUAUGGAAUGGAGCCAGAAGACCCAGCCACUUCUACUGAGCUGGGCAGGUUCAGAGGCCCUAGACCACUCCCCACACAGCAGGGUGCUCGGCCCAGCUUCCUGCUCUUCUCCCAAGCAGCACCUUGCUCACUUCCUCUACCACUGGACCUGUAGCAGCAGGUCAGAGAGUACCCAGGAGGCUCAGCACUUCCUCCCUCAGGACCCAUUGAGCUUUUGAAGCCCACCACCCUCCCCAGCUCUUGGAUAAAGCACACUGGAUUCCAAGGAAGUGCUCUGAGGUGGUCCAGGUGAGGUGAGGAGUGGCCAGCCCUUCUUUCCAUGCCCCUUAGGCACACUGCUCAUCUACUGCAGACCAAGGCCAGAACAGUAGAGGACCUAGGGAAAUGAGAGGACCUUCCUGAGUGAGACUGAGCCCACUGUCCUCACUGAGGUUCCAGAGGCCUGGCUGCUGUUAGGAAAGCAUAAGCUCUGGUCUCCCUCCUGUGCUGAGCCAGAGGUUCCUCUUUCCACCAAACUGCCCAAGGAAUGGCCCCUUCCCCAUGAGGAACUUUUCCAAAGUCUCAAAUUUAACCACCACCUCAGGCUUCUAAGGCCCCACAAAAGUGGUCAAGGGAGGAAGUGGUGCAGGAGGGCAGGGGAUGCCCAGGUGGGGAGCUAGUGGCCCAGCCCCUGCCAGCACUCCCACAGACCACUCAGGUGUGUUCCUGACCUGAUGUCCAUGCCCUGAGAGCAUCCCUGGAGAGGAAGGCCAAGCCAGACAGCAGGGAUGGGGCCAGCGGCACCGAGAAAGGUAUUUCGGGGUUCCAGAAGGUGGCUCAGGAGACAGAGCCCAGAAAUAUCCAUCAGGAUGCUCUUCUGUGCCCUGGAGCCCAAAUCAGUCCUGAGGGCAGAAAAUGGCCUAGAUGGCAGCCAGAGUGUGAGGGAUUUUGCUGGAAAGACAUCCACCAGGGGCAUCGAGUUAGGCUGAAGACUGGUCAAAGGCACAUAUUUAGAAGCAGAGACCCUCAGUCCUGGCCCCUGCCUCUGGUGCCUCCUGAGUCCCUGGACACCCCAAGCCACUUGAGAGCCAGGAGCCCCGUUCCCUGGAGACCUACACCUUUCCCAGGUCUGACCAGGUGUGGCUUGGUGUAUGGCACAUAGUUCAGGCUUGCGGCAAGUGACCACAUCCUUCUAGGGUUCAGUCUCCCCUUGUGUAAACUAAAGCAGUUUGGCCAGAUGAUUUCUAAACUGGUUUUGGCUCUAAUACCUUAUGAGCUCAAUAGCGCCUCUGGAGAAAUGAGGAAUUACCCCACAAAGGUGGCACUUGGCAGGAGUAACUACACAGCUUUUUGCUCUCAAGAAGGGUUCCAAGGUAGCUACUACUGCCCACUAAGAGCCUCUGUGCCCAAGACACAGGAACCAGGAUGACACAGGCCACCUCUUGUCCCCCCAAGGAAUGCAUCCAGAGUCAAGUUUAAAGAGGCAAGGGAAUACCAGGCAUGGCGGCACACACCUCUAGUCACAGCUUUUUGGGAGGCUGAGGCCAGGAGUUCAAGAACAGCCUGGGCAAUUUAGCAAGAUCCCAGCUCAAAAAACAAACAGCAGACUAGGGAUUUAGCUCAGUGGCGCUGCAAGCACAAGGUCCUGAGUUUGAUCCCUGGUACCAAAACACAAACAAAAAACAAAGAGUGCUGGGCAUGGCAGUGCACACCUGUAAUCCCAGCUACGGAGGAAGCUGAGGCAAGAGGAUCAUAAGUUCAAACAUAAGUUCAAGGUCAGCCUGGACACCUUAGUGUGUCUAUGUCUCAAUGUAAAAUUUUUCGAAAGG